GGAGCCAGUGCCAGCAUGCCCUUCCCAAGGCGUCGGUCUUCAUUCUUGGGAUCCCACUCCUCAUCCAGCCUUGACAGUCCAGGGGCCUCAGGCCACAGGGUCAAUGUGGUGGGGAAUAACAUGGGUGGCCUCCCCAGGCCCCCAGGGGUGUAUGUGGGGGCAGUGCCAACCGGAGGAGUGAGCAGCCUGGGCACCCGAGUGUCCCGCCGGGCCUUGGGCAUCAGCAGCGUCUUUCUGCAGGGUCUGAGGAGUUCCUCCACAGCCCUGGCCCUGAGCCCAGGACUGGAGAAGAACCGAGGCAUCUUCUUCGAGUCCCUAAAUGGCUGCAUGGUGGAGUACAUUGAGAAGGUCCGAGCCUUGGAGCAAGUGAACCGGGAGCUGGAGGAACAUCUGAGGGUCUACCUGGAGAAGAAGGCCUCCAGCAUCAGCAACUGGGGAGCCCUUCGAGAGACCUGGGAGAGUGUCUACCAUCAGGUGGGAGAUGCCGUCUUGGACAACGCUCGGCUUAUGCUGCAGACCGAGAAUACUCAAGCUUGUGCUGAAGAUUUUAAAGAGAGAUAUGAAAAUGAGCAGCCCUUCCGCAAAGCAGCCGAAGAUGAAAUUAACUCCCUGUACAAAGUGAUUGAUGAUGCUAAUUUGACUAAAAUGGAUCUCGAGAGCCAGAUUGAAAGCAUGAAAGAAGAACUUGCUUUUUUGUCAAGGAACCAUGAAGAGGACGUGAAGGUGCUAUACAAACAGCUGGCCGGCUCAGAGCUUGAAGGAAUGGAUGCUCCCAUUGGAACUGGCUUAGAUGACAUUCUGGAGACCAUCAGAAUUCACUGGGAAAAGGACAUAGAGAAGAACCGGGCAGAAACGGGGGCCUUGCUCUACGCCAAGCAGCAAUCCCAAGUGGUCCAGGCAGCUCGAUCCCAAGAGGAAGAACUGGUUGAAGCUCUAAGAGCAGAGUUUCAUGAUACUGCGUGUGAUAUUCAGCGCCUUCAAGCAGAGACAGAGUCCUUGAGAACCUUGAAAAGAGGCCUGGAGAACUCGUUAUAUGACGCCAAGCACUGGCAUGACAUCGAGCUCCAGAACCUGGGCUCUGUUAUCGCCAAGCUAGAAGCAGAGCUCGGGGAAAUCCAAAGGGAAACCGAGCAACAGCAAAAAGACCGGGAGCAUCUGUUGUCUGGCAAGUUACAACUGGAGAAAGACAUCGUGUCCUAUCACUGCCUUCUGGAUAGAGAAGGGAGCAGGAAGAAAGGACAAGAAUCCAAGGAAACCUCUGAACGUCACCACUCCUCACAAAACCGAGUCCGGGCAGCACACACGUGCAAUUCAUUCUCCCACGCCUGCGCUCAACUAGGCGGAAAAUAA